AUGUCGGUACUCAUCAAGACCUGCGCCGAUAUAAUCACCGAGCUAGUCGACGCCCACCAAGCGGGCAAGGAUGUGAACCUCAACGCGGUCCGGCAGCGGGUCUCCAAGCGGAACAAAUGCGCCCAACUGCCCAGAUUGGUAGACAUCAUCGCCGCUGUGCCCCCCGACCUCAAGCCCAUCCUGCUGCCCAAGCUGCGCGCUAAACCGAUCAGGACCGCCUCCGGAAUCGCCGUCGUCGCCGUCAUGAGCAAGCCCCACCGGUGUCCCCACAUCGCCAUGACCGGAAACAUUUGUGUAUACUGUCCUGGAGGACCCGACUCGGAUUUCGAAUAUUCCACGCAAAGCUAUACUGGAUACGAACCGACUAGCAUGCGUGCCAUUCGCGCCAGAUACGACCCUUACGAACAGAGUCAGGGAAGGGUCGAGCAGCUGCGUCAGUUGGGACACUCCGUGGACAAGGUAGAAUUCAUCGUGAUGGGCGGAACAUUUAUGUCCUUGCCGGCGAGCUACCGUGACACGUUUAUCGCCCAGCUCCACAACUCGUUGUCGGGAUAUACAGGCACGGAUCUUGAUUCGGCGGUGGUGUACAGCGCGCUGGCGCGGACAAAGUGCAUCGGGAUCACGAUCGAGACACGGCCGGACUACUGUCUCGAGCCUCAUCUGUCGAGCAUGUUGAGGUACGGUUGCACCCGUCUCGAAAUCGGCGUCCAAUCGGUCUAUGAAGACGUGGCCAGAGAUACCAAUCGUGGUCAUACCGUCCGGGCGACAUGUGAAUCGUUCCAGAAAGCCAAAGAUGCAGGGUUCAAGGUCGUUUCACACAUGAUGCCCGAUUUACCGAAUGUGGGUGUCGAGCGGGACCUGGAACAGUUCAAGGAAUACUUCGAGAACCCUGCGUUCCGGUCCGAUGGGCUGAAGAUCUAUCCGCUCCUAGUGAUCCGAGGGACAGGUGUGUAUGAGCUGUGGCGGACGGGGCGAUACAAAAACUACACGCCGAACGCAUUGGUGGACAUUGUGGCGCGGAUCCUGGCUCUGAUCCCGCCGUGGACGCGGGUGUACCGUGUGCAGCGGGACAUCCCGAUGCCCUUGGUGUCCUCGGGCGUCGAGAACGGCAACCUGCGCGAACUGGCGCUACAGCGGCUCAAAGACUUCGGCGCCGUCUGUCGCGACAUCCGUCAUCGCGAGGUCGGGAUCCACGAGAUCCACUUCAAAGUCCGCCCCGAGCAGGUCGAGCUCGUCCGCAGAGACUACGUCGCUAACGGCGGCUGGGAAACUUUCCUCUCCUACGAGGACCCCCAAAAGGACAUCCUCAUCGGCCUUCUCAGGCUCCGCAAAUGCUCCCCCGAAGGUACCUUUCGCAAGGAAUUACUGGACGAUGGGCCUACCUCUAUCGUCCGUGAACUGCACGUCUAUGGCACCGCGAUCCCCCUCCACAGUCAUGACCCCACCAAAUUCCAACAUCAAGGCUUCGGAACCUUAUUGAUGGAAGAAGCCGAACGGAUCGCAAGGGAAGAACACGGGAGCGUCAAGCUGGCGGUGAUUUCUGGCGUGGGCGUGCGCCAUUGGUACGGCCGUUUGGGCUACACACUUGACGGCCCUUACGUCAGUAAGAUGCUAUGA